UAGUUGAAGUCCAGUCAAUUUCUGAAGGGAUUUUACGGAGGGUACAAAGAAGGUUGCUUCGUACUUUGUCUUAGACUCGCGCACAGUACGUGCUCUCCGCACUUAAAGAAACUAGCAACUCAGCGUCAUCUGCAUGGUUUCAAAGGCCGAUUUAUCACUUAUAACCAUCUAACAUUAGCUAGGCGCUGCCUUUUAUACUCCUAGGCGCCGCGGUUUGUUUCGUCGACUGUCAAGACUCACAAAGAAACGGAAAUGUCAAACAACAGCGGUGCGGCUGUCGGCCUUCUGUCUUAUGAGACUCUCGUUCAUGCAGUAGCAGGCGCGGUGGGGAGCAUGACGGCAAUGACGGUGUUCUUUCCCCUGGACACAGCCAGGAUUAGAUUACAAGUGGACGAGAACCGAAAGUCCAAGUCAACUCCUAUCAUCCUGGCCGAGAUAGCAAAGGAGGAGGGAAUAUUGUCUCUGUAUCGCGGCUGGUUUCCUGUCAUCUCCAGCCUCUGCUGCUCCAACUUUGUCUACUUCUACACCUUCAACUCGCUGAAGAGGGUGUGGGUGACGGGCAGGGGCCAGGCCCGACCAGGCAAAGACCUGCUCAUGGGCUUCAUCUCCGGGGCUGUGAAUGUUCUCCUGACCACUCCCAUGUGGGUGGUGAACACCCGCCUGAAGCUGCAGGGGGCCAAAUUUCGGAACGAGGACCUGCACCAGACACACUACAAAGGCAUCCUGGAUGCCUUCUCCCAGAUCAUCAGCAACGAGGGCGCGGCCACGCUGUGGAAUGGCAUGCUCCCCUCCCUGGUGCUGGUUUUCAACCCGGCUGUCCAGUUCAUGUUCUACGAGGCCAUGAAGAGGAGGGCGGGGCGGGGCGGGAGGAAGAUUUCAUCAGUUGAGAUAUUUCUGAUCGGGGCCAUUGCUAAAGCCAUCGCCACCACAGCCACCUACCCCCUUCAGACUGUCCAAGCCAUUCUAAGGUUUGGCCAGUACAAAGCAGAGGGCAAGAGCGGCCUGCUGGGAAGCCUGCGCAAUGUGGUCUACCUGCUGAUGGACAGAAUCAAGAGACAUGGCGUCUUGGGCUUGUAUAAGGGGCUGGAGGCUAAGCUCCUUCAGACGGUGCUGACGGCAGCGCUUAUGUUCGUGGUGUACGAGAAGAUCACAGCCGCCACCUUCAGGGUCAUGGGCCUGAAGCAGAAACUGAAGCAUUGAGGCUGCCCUAUGAGUUGGCCGGGCAGAGCCAGAACAGGCCAGACUCAGCCAAAGGAGACCGGCACCAGGGCUGAGAGCCUGCCCCACCCAGGGAAGGGCCUGUUUCUGUACUACCUCCUCUCUCUGGCAUGCAUGCACACGCACACCACACUCACACACGCGUCACGUGCUAGUGCUGGAUGUGUCGCCCCGACACAGAUCUGGGGCUACAUCUCUCUGAAAAGGGUUCCAGUUGUCACUUUAAGAGAAUGGGAAAAUGUGGGGCAACUGAAUCCUUCAUUGGGGCAUAUUCUGCAGUCGGUGGGAAGGGGAUUUAACUUUGAACCUGGUAUUGAAUUUCAUCUGUGGUGCUGAACCUGGGUAACUUUCCCCACCCCCUACAUGUUUGUGAAUUAUGAAAUGGUAAAAAAAAAAGACACCCACUGCCUUGCAAAUCAAGUCACACUCUUUCCAUGAACAACUCUCUUUCCCCAGACUAUUGCAGACCAUUGGUCCUUUUUUUACAGAGAUUCACUGAUGGGAUUCCUUAUGCAUCUGGUUGUAAAGCUAGGUACCUAUGUGCUGAAUGGCCGAGUAUAUCUGACAGGUGGUCUGCUGCAGUAUUUGUACAGGACUGAAAACUUGGAUCCAAACCAGUGUUAUCUAGAUUUUAGAUUUGUGGGGUUUUUUAUCCACUGACAUCUUGUUUUACUCUGCCAUCUCUAGUUUUUUCUUUGCGCUCUAAUUCAUCCUGCAAAAUGGUACAAGAUUCCACAAGAAUCGUGCCCACAGGAAUCUCCACAAGAUUCCUGCAACUGUGCGGAGGUGAAGAUGUCAACUUUGUCAUGUAAACCAUUCACACCAGAGUAUGCAUUGUUUCAACAAGCCUUAACAUUCUUCCAGGAUGAAGCUGCAGUCUCUGAGUAAUCCUCGAGUCUCCAGCAGUAGUGUACUGGGUAGGAGAGAACUGUGGAGAUGUAUGCUUAGAAACCUUAAAAAGUACUGUAAUCAUAGGCGCUCACUUUGAGCACAGACUGAGCUGUACGGUCUGGGUUUGAAGCUGGCUAUGUGUCAAAUGGCUUCAUUCUCUGGGGGUUUCAGUUGGGUAGGUAGGCCAGGGAUCCCUCGUCCCACUGCUCUCCCGGAACCGAGAGUCGUAGACAGACAGUUUUUCCUCUGGAUACCCCCCCCAUUUAAUGUGUGUAUAUAUACAUUAAAUGGGGGAGGGGUAUCCAGGGGAAAAACUCACCAAGAACUGCUUAAUUAUAAAGAUGCCUUAUUUCUACACAACCAGAUGUCAGUGAAUUAUAAAAAAUAUAUAAAUCAGCCCUAACAUGUUGGUGAUGCAGACAACCCGUUAGAAUGUUCCAGAUUCAGCCCUGUACAAAUAGUACCAUGUUGUGUACAACCUGAGAAAAAACAUUCUUCACAUAAGUCUUAACGUUUAUCUCAAUUUCUCUUAAACUAACGGGUGAGACGGAGAAGAUGAACUACCUACCUGUACUAAAGCGUGUGAAAUACCAACUCAAACUUAUAUUUGUCAAAGGACAAUAAUGUAGGAUGUGACUAAACAGUAACUUGAAAUGUUUAUGUGUCUAUCACGGAUACAGGAACACCAUCUUUAAGUGCAGUGAGUAGUGUUACUCUUUGUCUAGCAAGCUGUGGUAGUGCGCAUGGUCGAUGAUUUGGCUGUUCCUGGAUCAGUCAGCCUUCACCAUUGUGCAGUAGCAUAAAGGAGGUGAAGGAUUAAACGGUAGCAUUCACAGGCGGGUUUACAAAGGAGUUAAGAUGUUUUCAUUUGGACAAGCUGUCCGAUCAGAAGGAAAAAAAAAAAGCCUCCACACGAGGGUUCUUACAGCUUGACCGCAGUACAAAGUCCAAUCAGGGGGGCCGUAAAAUAUGACAAAUAUGACACACCCAUUUUCAUGCUAAAGAUUAGGGGGAUAUUUUGCUCUUACACAAAAUGUAAUUCCUGAAAGUAUUCAUAUAACCUUUUAGGAGGAGAGGCUUCAAACAUGUCUAGAGACACAGGACAGUGAGGUAUCCUAAAAAUUUUUGUGUCUUUACUGAAGUAGAAACAAAUUUCUGUACUGACAACUAAAGUGUCAAAGUGGUUUACUUCAGGGAGACGAGUCUGAAUGGAGGGAUCGUUAAAAGGCAUUCAGUCCUCCUGAAACUUGGCAGGGAGUGAUCCGCCUGUUAGCUCUGAACAGCAGAGCCACCCCAUGACUGUCACUCAGAACUCCAUAUGUGGGUUACUCUGUGGCACUGGAAGCCAUCUGAAGUGUCUGGCAUGACAUGUAAAUCUCCCUUACUUGGACCUCUAACAGGCUGUGUGCUUUGUACUGUAUGUCCACCAGUUCUCUGUCCCAUAAGGCUUCAUCAUCAAAUACUUUUCUAUUUUUGUCCAGGGAACUUCAAAUUAAUUGCAAACUUUGAUUACAAAUGCAUGCUGUAACAAUUGUAAGGUAAAGUACUGAUAAUUUCUCAUUGAGCACAAAGAGCCACUGUAAGGUGGGAGAAUAUCAGGCAUUGAUUCCAACAUGUCGUGCUGCUUCCUAUUCCUCAUAUUGCACUGUAGUGGCAAGGAGACUCCAAGCUGAGCCAACUGGCCCCUUAUCUUUGGCUGGUAGUGUAAUAGACGUUAGGUAUAAGGCCUUUCCUGGUUGUUUUUUAACACAUUGCCAAAAUCAGAGCAUCUGUGUGUGUGUAAGUGACUGCAUCUGCACAAUAAUAGGAAUACGAAUCAAGACCUUGGUAAAACUGCAUCUGGAUAUACAGUGCUGCUUGAAAGUUUGUGAACUCUACAGGGAUGGUCAUUAUUUUUGUAUAAAAUAUUAAAAUAAACUUAAAAUCUAAACCCCAAUUCGUAAAAGGCAUUCUAAAUAAAGAACCUAAACAAAAUGCACAUAUACACUCUUUCAUUAUUUAACAAAAGUGUUUAACAAAAACUCAGAUUUAAUGGGUUUAAAAAUAUGUGAACCCCUUCAGUCAAUAGCUUGUGGCACCUCCAUUAGCAGCAGUAACUUUGAGUAAAUGUCCCCUAAAGCCAAUAAUCAGUCUUGAAGGAUUUUUUCCCUCCCCUCUUUACAGAACUCAGCCAAUUGAGUGAGGUUUGAGGGAUGUCUGGCAUGCACUGCCCACUUCAGGUCCUGCCACAGCAUCUCAGUUGGAUUUAAGUCAGAACUUUGACUUGGCCAAUCCAAAACACAAAUCUUCUUUCUCCUGACGUAGAUUUGCUUAAAUGCUUUGGGUCAUUGUCUUGUUGGAAGACCUAUUUUUUGGCCCAGCUUUAGCUCCUUGACUGAUGGCAUGAGGUUCUCUUCAAGAAUCUCCUGAUAUACCUCAUAAUUCAUGGUUCUUAAUGAUGUACAGUCAUCCAGGUCCAGAGGAGGAAAAGCAGCCCCAGGUCUAGACUUUUCCACCGCCAUGCUUGACUGUUGGGUUAAGGUUCUUUUGGUGGUAAUGCAGUGUUGGAUUUUCACCAAACACAGUGAUUUUGAUUGUGACCAGAAAGGUCAAUUUUGGACUCAUCUGCCCAGAAAAUGGACUUCCAGAAUCUUUCAGGUUUGUCCAUAUGGUCUCUGGCAAACUUAAGACAGGCAGUUUGGUUCUUUUUUGACAGCAGAAGCUUCUUCCUAGCAACCCUCCCAUAAAUGCCAUUUUGAUUGAGUUGUUCUUAUUGUUGAAUAAUGCAGUUACCUGAGAUGACACAAGAGAGGCCUGCAAAUCUCUAGAUGUUAUGUUUGUGUUGGCUUUUAUCUGAUUUAUUUUUCUUGUGGCUCUUGGGAUAUUUUGAAUCAGUGUCCACUUCUAGGCCAGAUUGCCGUCAUGUUAAAUGCUUCCCAUUUGUAAAUUAUUUGCCUCACAGUGGACUGGUGCACUAAUUCCUUUUUAAUUUUGUUUUUCUACCACACAAAUGAUUUGCUAUAAACCAGCAUUUGGAAUUGGUAAAUAUAAACCUGUUGUCAGUUCUUUUUAAAUAAACAUUUCAUGGUAAAAGCUAAAAAAAAUCUGUACUUUCACAAUGUACUUUCAUAUACUUUCAAGCAGCACUGUAUUAUAUUAUUAAAUGUGCUUACCAGAGCAACUUACACAGCUUGCAGUUUUGACAUGAUUCAUUGAUACAGCAAAAUAUCAAGUACCUUGCCCAAGGAUACAACAGCAGUGGCCUACCUGGGAAUUACACCCUUGGGUUAUGAACCCUGCUCUUAAUAUUACAACUGAAUGCCAAUAAAGUGGUAAGUUAGCCUAUCGCUCAACAGAAUCAUUUACAAAAAUGUAGCAUAGUGCUAACUUUCAAAAGAACAAUUCCUGCACUGUGUACAAGUAUUUCUAACUUAAAGUCCUAUGUUGAACUGCAGAAAUACACAUGAAAUUGUUCAUAUGAAGCAACAGUUUUCUAUGACAUUUCGGAAGUGUUUCUCAUAUGCAUUUUAAACCUAUCAAAUAUAGAAUUGUGACAUCUUCAGGUUCAACAGCUGUCAUGCCAUUGUGUCCUCCUCACAACCUUGGGACUUCUGCACCUCAGCUUAGAGUCUUCCAUCCGUCGCCCAACACACUGAGGACAGUCUUCAAGGACAGUCACUGAGAGGCCACCAUUGUCCACCAAACUGUGUGACCUACACACACUUUUGCUCCACUAUGCAAGUUGUCUGCUUGGAAUCUGCUUCUUUGCGUUUUCCCCAAUUCAGAGAUCGCAAUGGACCGCUGUGAACACUCCUGUUGUCCCGUGAUCCUCGAUGCUAGUAGCUCCUGGAGAAGUUCGCUGAAUUGCAACCAGUAAUGUUCUUUCUGAACUUGAAGGUUACUUUUCGGCCUCAGUUUAAGUGUAUUAAGUUUCCUCUAUGAAUAAUGAAUUUAAGCUAUCCUCAGUAAGCUAUUUUUUACCCAGUCUUUUUUAGGGAUGCACGAUGAGAUCGGCACGACAUCGGUAUCAGCCAAUAAAAACUUAACUAUCGGCAUCGGCAGAUACGAAAAUUUCUGCUGAUGUGCCUGGCCGAUAAGGUGACGCGUUAACUAUGCGCGUGCAAUGACGCUAAAUGUUUAUUAUGAGCGCCAGCAACAACCUUCAACAUGUCA